AUGGACACGUACCCGAUCCAGCUCAGCGAGUACCAGCCAGCAUCCUCGUUGCCGACCGAGGUCGCGCCAGCCGCCGACAUGUACUACGCGAACAACGACAGCCAUGCCGUCUUGCCGCUCAACUAUAGCCGGAAGAUCGCGAUGCGCGGCCGACCUGCCUCGCUUGCCGGCUCGGGCGUCUCGGAGGACUCGUCGAUCGUAUCCAAUUCCGAGCGCGAGUCCGAGACCGAGUGGACGCACCACCAAAGUACGUCGUCGGCGUCGUCGUCGUCGUCGGCGGUCUCGUCGACAUCGUCGUCACCCCGCGAGAUUAUCAUUCUGCACGACCCGACCAAGAUUCGCGAGUCGGACCCGUCGCUCGGCCACACGUUCGCCCGCGGCUCCAACGCGUUCCGCGUGAGCUCCUUUAGCUACGACCUCAGUCCAUCGCUCCUCGACACGAACGGCAGCACCGUCAUCAUGGAGACCACGUCGCAGACGUCGCGUGAAUCGUACGAUAUUUAA